ACCGGCGACAUUGCUCAAGAUACCGAAGGCCUCCCUGGAUUCUCGACCCCACUUGAAAAGCAACAAACGAUCGACCCCGAGUUCGAGCAGCUCGACUCUCUUGCCGAGAGACAGCAGUGGGAGCACGCAGCAAUGGCAUGGCUGGAUCUGAUAUGUUUACACUGGACAGCGAUCCUGGAUCUCCGGAGUGAACCCAGACAGGCACCCCGCAACAAAGUCCUCAGAACUUACUGGCAGCAAGCGAAGUUCCAACACUUUGAAACCCGUCAAGAGCACCAGGACAGGAGAUUGAUCAUAAAGGGUUAUCUGGAGAACUUCACAUUGCCAUCUGGAGAGAAGCUCACAACGGACGAAUGCCAAAAGAUCAUAACAUGGCUGCUAAGAAAUGGCCAUGGCUACUCCGCGGAAUUUGAAAACGAAGAAGCAGAAGCUACAAACUUCACCGGUACCUACCACUGCGAAACAGUCCUACUGAGUCUUGCCUUACUAGCCAAGGAGCCGGCUGAUAUCCUAGACGUCGAUAUCAAUUCCGCGUCUUCUGCACCACUAAGCAAGGCUCACCUGCAGCUCCCUGGUAAAACAACUACGGAUGCACUAAAAGGUAAGAUGAGCGCCCUACCAGUAUCGCAGAAGUGCUGUCCUGCUUGUCAUGCGCUAGUCGAAUACUUCAUUGAGAAUGUAAGUCCAGCUCUAGUAUAUCCGGGUAAGCAUGAGAUAUGGUCAGCGGCAGCACUUCCACCGUGGAUUCCAAGGGAAGCGGGUCAGGUGGUUCUGCGAGCUGCCCGGAAGGCACUGCAAUGUCGGUUUGACAGCAUACUGCGAGGCUGA